AUGAGUGACCAGCUGACCUGCGUGGGUUGUUGGCAAGAUUAUUAUUGUUACCAGGAUCAAGUUGGAUCACAAGCAUGGUUCGCCAUCACGGGUCGCGGUCGCGUCGCGGUCUCAGUUGUUCUACAUCUGUCGUGGCAUAUCGACGUGGAUUUUGUGGUUGAAGUGGUGUCCCUCUUCUUUGAGGAUUCUGAGAAGCUUCUCAACAAUGUGGCGACUGCCCUUCAACAACCAAUUGUGGAUUUUAAGCAGGUCGAUGCUUAUGUCCACCAAUUCAAGGGUAGCAGUUCUAGCAUAGGUGCACAAAGAGUGAAGAAUGCGUGUGGUGCUUUUAGAAAUUUUUGUGAGGAAAAGAACCUGGAUGGGUGUUUGAAAUGUCUACAACAUGCGAAAAAUGAAUACGCUCUUGUGAAGAGCAAGCUUGAAUAUUUAUUUAUGGUAAGCGUUUGUCUUGAAGGAAUUUUUAUACACGAGGCUUGGUUAUAUUCUUCAAGCAUAUUUCAGUAG